UUCCCCAAGAAACUAAACCUAAAAUCUCUAAUCUCUAGUCUUGUUAGAUUAAUGGAGAAUAAAUCUAUUACUUCAUCAACACACAAAUCCGUUGCUUCCAAAGGAACAACAACUGCAACAACCAAGGAGUCAGCCGAAGAAAGUGGGUGGACUGCUUACUUUCAAGAUUUCUCCAAUCAUUCUCAUCAUCCAAAAACCUACUCUCCUGGUUUCAGUUGCGGCUCUUCCUUGAUCUCCGAUGCCGCCACGACGGCUGUCGCGCCGCGUAUAAUAUGCCACGAAGACCGUCGUGUGUUGGCCUGCCCUUCGACAGUUCCCAACAAAUUGAGGUUCAAGAAAACAGGAACCAAGAAAAUCUGUGAGGAUGAUUCUUUGGAGGAUACUGCUAGUUCUCCUGUUAAUAGUCCGCAGGUUAGAAGUAACUUCAAAUCAAAUGAUAUGAAUCCUAGAAAAAGAGAGGAAGAAGAAGAUCAAAUGCAUAGUUCCCUGGUGAAGGAAAUUAAUGGUUCAAAAAGCUAUUCCCAGAAUCAGAUUGUUGAAGAAGAAGAAGAAAAGGAACUUAAAAUUGAUAUUGGGAUGAAGAAAAGAGGGUUGUGUUUAGUUCCUUUGUCAAUGUUGGUUAGCUAUUUUUUGUUAAUUUCAUCGUCUCUCUCUCUCUAUGCACAAACAAAAUUCUAUUUGUUGGCGUUGUUUGUUUCUUGGAUUUAUCUUUUGCUUGCUCCGGUCCUUGCCUUGGCUGCUUUCUCUUCCUUGAACUUGGAUAUUUCUGGGAAUUCUUAUUUUUCAAUUGCAGUAGGAAAUUUCUGCAACUUUGAAGAUACAAUAUUUUUGCUUGCUUAA